ACUCUCUGAGCGUAGUGAUUCCUAAGAACUCACAUGAACAGAGCAAAUGGGAUUGAAGUAUGGCACUAUUAAUGAUACCAAUGACCUGCUUUGGGAGUAUUCUUGCUACCUCCCAGCCUUGCCAGACCCCUGAUGACUUUGUGGCUGCCACUUCUCCAGGACAUAUCAUGAUUGGAGGUUUAUUUGCCAUUCAUGAAAAAAUGCUGUCCUCAGAAGACUAUCCCAGACGACCAGAAAUCCAAAAGUGUGUCGGCUUUGAAAUAUCAAUUUUUCUUCAAGCUCUUGCCAUGAUUCAUAGCAUUGAGAUGAUCAACAAUUCACCACUAUUAUCUGGAGUCACACUGGGGUACGAAAUCUAUGACACCUGUACCGAAGUCACAGUGGCAAUGGCUGCUGCUCUGAGGUUUCUGUCUAAGCUCAACUGCUCCAGAGAGAUGGUGGAGUUUAAGUGUGACUAUUCCAGCUACAUGCCAAGGGUUAAGGCUGUCAUAGGUGCUGGCUACUCGGAAAUAACGAUGGCUGUCUCCAGGAUGCUGAAUUUACAGCUCAUGCCACAGGUGAGUUAUGAAUCAACUGCAGAAAUCCUAAGUGACAAAAUUCGCUUUCCUUCAUUUUUACGGACUGUGCCCAGUGACUUCUAUCAAACUAAAGCAAUGGCCCACCUGAUUCAGAAAUCUGGAUGGAACUGGAUUGGCAUCAUAGCCACAGAUGAUGACUAUGGACGACUGGCCCUCAACACUUUUGCAGUUCAGACCACAGCAAAUAACGUGUGCAUAGCUUUCAAAGAAGUUCUCCCGGCCUUCCUCUCAGAUGACACCCUCGAAGUCAGGAUCAAUGAGACACUUGAGAAAAUCAUAGCAGAAGCCCAGGUUAAUGUCAUUGUGGUAUUUCUGAGGCAAUCCCAUGUUUUCAAUCUCUUCAGUAAAGCUAUAGAAAGAAAUAUAAAUAAGAUCUGGAUUGCUAGUGAUAAUUGGUCCACGGCCACCAAGAUUACCACCAUUCCCAAUGUUAAAAAGAUUGGCAAAGUUGUGGGGUUUGCCUUUAGAAGAGGGAAUAUGUCUUCUUUCCAUUCCUUUCUUCAACAUCUGCACAUAUUUCCCAGUGAGAAUAACAAGGCCUUACAUGAAUACGCCAUGCUCCUGUCUGCCUGUACCCAUGUCAAGAACAGUGAUUUGAGUCAAUGCAUUGCCAACCAUUCUCAGGGGACUUUGGCCUACAAGGCUAACGAGGAUAUGGAAAAGAACUUCUCCCUGAGAAAUGAUUUCCUGUGGGAUUACACCGAGCCGGGACUUGUUCACAGUAUCCAGCUCGCGGUUCUUGCCCUUGGUUAUGCCAUUCGGGAUCUCUGCCAAGCUCGGGACUGUCAGAACCCCUACGCUUUUCAACCAUGGGAGUUACUUGAUGUAUUAAAAAAUGUGACAUUCAUUGAUGAAGGAAAUUCAUUUCAUUUUGAUGCCCAUGGGGAUAUGAAUACCGGAUAUGACGUUGUGCUCUGGAAGGAGAUCGAUGGCCACAUGACUAUCACCAAGAUGGCGCAAUAUGAUCUGAGGAAUGAUGUCUUCAUCAUCACGGACCAAGAAACAAAAAACGAGUUCAAAAAUCUUAAGCAAAUUCAGUCUAAAUGCUCCAAGGAAUGCACUCCUGGACAAAUGAAGAAAACCACAAGAAGCCAACAUAUCUGCUGCUAUGAAUGUGUGAACUGUCCUGAAAAUCACUACAGUAACCAGACAGAUAUGGAUCACUGCUUUUUAUGCAACAAUGAAACUCACUGGGCUCCUGUAAGGAGCACAAGGUGCUUUGAAAAGGAAGUUGAGUACCUCAACUGGAAUGACUCCUUGGCUGUACUGCUCCUGGCCCUCUCCCUAUUGGGCAUCAUGUUCGUUCUGGCCAUCGGCAUAAUAUUUACAAGAAACCUGAACACACCCGUUGUGAAAUCAUCUGGGGGACUGCUGGUCUGCUAUGUGAUCCUUCUCUGUCAUUUCCUCAACUUUGCCAGCACAGGCUUCUUCAUUGGAGAACCCCAAGACUUCACCUGUAAAACCAGGCAGACGUUAUUUGGUGUGAGUUUCACCCUCUGCAUCUCUUGCAUUUUGAUGAAGUCCCUGAAAAUUCUGCUAGCCUUCAGCUUCAAUCCCAAGUUGCAGAGCUUCCUGAAGUGCCUCUAUCAACCGAUCCCCAUCAUCUUCACUUGCACAGGGAUCCAGGUUGUCAUUUGCACAAUCUGGCUGAUCUUUGCCGCACCUGCCGUGGAAGAGAAUAUCUCCCUGCCCAGAGUCAUCCUCCUGGAAUGCGAGGAGGGAUCCAUCCUUGCAUUUGGCACCAUGCUGGGCUACAUUGCCAUCUUGGCCUUCAUUUGCUUCAUAUUUGCCUUCAAAGGCAGGAAAUUACCUGAGCAUUACAAUGAAGCCAAAUUCAUAACAUUUGGCAUGCUCAUUUAUUUCAUAGCUUGGAUCAUAUUCAUCCCUGUCUAUGCCACCACAUUUGGUAAAUAUUUGCCAGCUGUGGAGAUUAUUGUUAUUUUAAUAUCUAACUAUGGGAUCCUAUGUUGCACAUUCUUCCCCAAAUGCUAUGUUAUUCUUUGUAAGCAAGAGGCUAACACAAAAUCUGCCUUUCUCAAGAUGAUUUACAGUUACUCCUCCCAGGCUGCGAGCAGCCUUGCCAUAAGUCACGUUUCACUGGACUCCACUAAUAGUAAUAUCACAAUGACUGAUCCCAGCUCUGGUGGCAGGUCGGCAACCCGGCAGGAAAGCAAGGAUCUUCAGGCGCAAGCAUUUGCACACAUAUGCAGAGAAAAUGCCACACGUAUAUCUAAAAUUUUGCCUCGAAAAAGAAUUUCAAGUAUAUGAAAGCGUCCAUAAGAGAUGGCAUGUUCUAGAUUAAAAUGUAUCUAGGAUCUUUGUAUUUAAAAUGUGCAUUUAGGGGCGCCUGGGUGGCUCAGUUGGUUAAGCGGCUGCCUUCGGCUCGGGUCAUGAUUCCAGGGUCCUGGGAUCGAGCCCCACAGCGGGCUCCCUGCUCAGCAGAGAGCCUGCUUCUCUCUCUCCCCCUCUCUCUGCUGCUCUGCUUACUUGUG